AUGCGAACAAUACGGCCGGCAACAAGAAAACCACCUGGUCAGAGUGACAUAUCAGAACGUAUUGACGAAAGCUUUCACAUUUCGUCGCGUAGUGGUCAGAGAGAGCUGUUACAGAGUAGCAGUGGUAAUAGCGGCGGGAGUAAAGUUUCCCAGGAGAGGUUUAAUGACGCUGUGAUAUCGCCUUCGACAACACAAGGACAAGAAAACACCCAAAGUCUUACUGAUACGUCCAUCCAAUCUUCUCAUAUUCAAGGAAGUAACACAAAAACUAACACUCAAAAUAGACGCCAAAAAUUCUUGUCUGCUCAGCCGCAAUGCGGAAAUGCAGAGAGUAGUAACGCGUAUGAAAGGAGCAAGCCUAAAUUGUCGAUUGGACAAUUACAACGAACUGUCAGUGAUUUGACGCCUAAUAUUCACGACGACCAAUAUAACUCGCCAGUCAUUACAGUUUCUUCCGACUCCGACCUUAGCUCGAAUGGAGAAUUGGUAAAUAUGUUGUCCGAUAGGAGUGGAGAGAGGAGUGGAAGCGAGAGCGGUGGUACCCCAUCUGGUUCGACUUCUAGUUUUGACAGUAUUCCAGCAUUUAGCGCAGAAAGUUCAACUAUAUCAACUGCUUCGUUAAACUCCACCAGUUCUGACAGUUCGACUUCUAAUGGGAUGUUCGAUCUUUCUUCGAACACAGUAUUAAAUAAUUCAAUCCAACCAGGCAUAACAAACAACUUUCACAGUUUCUUAGUCCAUUCUGAUUCUCAAUAUUCGACGUCGACCAAUGAUUCACAAGACGCUAUAUUAGAGACAACACAAAAGACGGAGCAGAAAGUUGUAAAUCGGAUCGCGUCCGCGUUUUUCUGUCUGACGCGUAAUAUCGUGCGGAUUGUUGGACUGACGUGCGAAUAUGUUCUAUGGAUUAUGAGUCUUUUCUGGAAAUUGAUUUUGCAAGCAUUAACAUCCGCCUAUGCUAUUUUUAAUAAAAUAAUAAGAUUUUGGGUAUACAAGCGUCAGACAUCUACUCGCAUAAGGAUAAUAGUAUCAGUAUUAUUAUUGUCAUUGGCGGCUCUGUUCUAUAUACCAACGUUUCGAGCAUAUGUAUGGAGGAAUACUAACCGUGCUGUUUGCCAUUUGCAAGAUCGUUUUGCGAUACAAAUCCCGUUAAUGACACUAGGAAACAAUUGUACGGGUGAUAGCGAUAGUGUAUCUCAAGCGAUUAUAACUGCGGUGACGAAACAAAUGAAUAUCAGGAAUGAAGAUGAUCUCAAAGGAAAUCGACUGAGAGCUAUUGUCCGAGCUUUGGUCGCUGCUGAAGUACGAACUCAUUUCAUAGACAGUAAUGAUAGAAUUCAUGGCGGCAAUUCAUUUGGAUCUUUCUAUUUAGACUCAUCAGAUAGACAGCGCGAUAUGAUAGCGUCUAUCAUCAAGGAAGAGACUAGAGCAGCCAUUAAAGAGCGCCUGCAACUUUUUUCAGAUGAUAUUGUUGGUAGGACCGAUUACGCUCUUCGUUCUGCUGGAGCUAAGAUCAUAGGGCAAUUGACGUCGCGUACAUACAUUCAAUAUCCUGACAGCUGGUGGGAGAAACAGGUUGCAUAUUGGUCGAAUUAUGGAACGCUCCAGGGCAAACCUCCAGUGACUGCCAUUAUGCCUUCUGUUCACGUAGGUCAAUGCUGGCCAUUCACUGGUCAUAAAGGGCAGGUGGGCAUAUUAUUAUCACAACCCAUAUAUCCAACAGCAGUGACAUACGAUCACGCGUCGAAGAGAACUGCCCUCGACCUAAGUCCUGCCCCCAAGGAAUUCGAAGUGUGGGGAUUUGUUGGAUAUCGCGAUAAUUGUACGCCUAGAGAUCACCAUGAACGUCAUUUAGAUAUAGUUGAUUUUGAACUACGCAACAAUUUUGCUGAUGAAGCUUAUGUCGAUCCAAACGAUCCUAUCAUCAAAAAUAUUAUCGGUAGUGGGACUUUCAAGUUGGGCUCUUCCCCAACACAAGUCUUUCUCGGCAAAUUCGUAUACGAUAUUAAUGGAAGAUCAGUACAAACAUUUGAGUUGCCAGAGAGAUUAAAUAGACCUAUUAUAGCUGUGUUAUUGAAGGUGAAUAGUAAUUGGGGUAAUCCUCGUUACACUUGCAUAUAUAGAAUUCGAGUGCACGGAAAUGCUGAGCACGAAGAUAAUUUGAGAAUAGCAUAG